AUUUUCAACGCAGAGGAAGAGAUUUGGACUGGAAACAUGGGGACACGCUUGAAGGUGCUUAGAACGUUCAAAGCUCUGCACCGAACCCGGAUGACUGUGUUUAAAGAUGAUGACCAGGCAUUAAAAGCUGCCAGAUUAAAGAUCAAUGAAGAAUUUAAGAAAAACCAAAAUGAAACAUCAGAAGAAAAUAUACAGCAGAUGAUUAAAAUGAGCAGAGCUGUUGAGACAAUUCUGCGGGAGAAUGUCUUACAGGCAGAGCAUGUUGGUGAAAAAAAGCUUGUUCUGCGACCCCGGGACAGUCUUCUGUUAGAAAACGUACCUUACUGUGACACUCCUCAAUCAAAAGCAUAACGAGCAUGGAUUCAUGCUGGACAUGAUCUAAGGACAUGCCGAAUAAAAAUGUCUCUCCAAACCCUGAGGACAAAUUCCAUCCCAGAAACUGAAGUGCAUAAAGCUGUACAUUAAUAUUUUUAAUAUAUAUUAAUAUUGUAAAAUAAGUCAGAAUUUUCUGACUAAAUCCUGCUUUGAAAUUGCUCUCAGACAAAUACUUUCACUUGUGCUCUGUUGUUCAGACGUCUGUGUGUUAUUUAGUUUUACAUAAUGUGAAAACCACAUCAAUGUUUUGUUAAAUGUAUGAAAACAUUUGUGAAAUUCACUGUAUUUAAUAUGCAAUCUGUGAAAGGCUUCUGUGUGUUCUGAAAUGUAUGUUCUCUACAGUGUUUGAAAGACGGAAUUAAGAUGACUUGUUUCAUCAUUUAGCAAUAUGAAUACAUAUACAAUGACUUGUUUAAUAUUAAAUAAUAAUACUAGUAUUACAGUUUAA